UGGAAACAAUAAUAUACAAUGUAGUUUGUACGCGAUGCCUCCAGGCAGCAAAUGUGCAUGUAUCGCUAAGUUGGCGCAGCUUCAUACCACUGUACUGGACGAGUUACAUCCUUGCAAGGAGCAAGUCUACGAAUCGCGAAUAUCGCAAUUGCUGGGCACAAUAGAUGCGUUACAGUUAAAGAAUGACGACCUACGUACCGAACUUGCUGAUUUACACUCAAAAAUAGCUUCGGAUCCGUUUUUGAGCAGCAGGCUUCAAGGUGUAUUGUCAAAGCUUCAAAAUGGCUCAUCAAGGGUGUACGGAUCAGACUUUCAUGCUGAGACCAAUGCGACUGCUUUAUACCGACAGCUGACAAUCUUAGAGGAUCGCAAUAGAGAGUUGGAAAGCCGACUUUCUAUGGAAUAUGCAGUGUCUAUGUCAUGGAAGCACAAAAUCCAGGAUAUCGAACAUCGUUUAAGGGAGCAAUUAGACGAUUUGGUAGGGGAGACACGGGAUGUUAGCUGUUUGAAAGAUAGCGAUGCCGUUAAGUCGCGCUCCGAUAAACGUGAAGCUUUAUCAAAGGAGGCCUUUGAUUUACUCAAGCUUGCAAGGAUAAGAAUCGCAGAUGACAAAAACCGAAUUGAUAGCUUCGUAGCCCGUAUUGCAGAUCUUGAGAAGGAGCUGUUAGAACACCGUCUUCGGCACCCCGAUUUAACCAACCAAACGGUGAGCACUGACAUUCACGAUGAUAUGUGAAGUGUGCCCAUUCUGCCAUAUUACUUUAACCCGUGGUAAUAUUGUCGUUGUACGACGGUAUUACAACCUGUCUGUAUUGACUUUGGAACGUUUAACUUUUGCGCAU